AUGUUACCGAAUUUUACAAUAAACCACAAACAACAUUUACAAUUUUUAUCCGAACAAUCUGCACAAGUAUUACAAGAUUUUUGCAAAUUAGCAUUCGAUUAUUUGCAAAAAGGACCAAAUUUUAAGCUUUACAGUGCUGCAGCACAGAAGUUACAAGUUGAACCUCAAGUUAUCAGAAAUUCAGUCGAAGGUCUUCUAAAUUUAUUACUCGAGUGUUGUAAAUGUAAGCUUGAAAAAAAUAUUUUUCAAGAAGUUGUUAUAGGAUUAGGUUUUUCCGAAGAACAAGAAAAUGUAUUGAAUAAAUUAUAUAUGAUUAAGAAACAAGAACUGUCAAAUGCACUUUUAAAUUUUGGUAUAAAACUACCUCAGUAUCAUGACAUGGAAUGGAGAUUUGAAGUUCAGAUUGCAUCUAGAUCAUUACUUCGACAAGUGAUUCCAUUGGUUACUUUGGAUUUUUCAUUAAAAAAUACUUCGAAUUGCGAUGAGAUAAAGCAUGUUUUGUUACAAACUGAUCCAAACAAUUUGCUGCAUCUUGCCCAAGAACUUGAAACAGCUGUGCAUGAAGGCCAUAGUAGAUACAUAAGAAGCAUUGCAAGAAUCGUUGAUUAGUUCUCACAAUAUUGUUACAAAAUCAUAUUAUUUAUAUUAUGUACAUAGAAAAUAAAUUU